AUGAUGGGAGAAGGUGAUGACGUGCUGGAGCACAUCAACAGACUCAAGACUCUGGCGGAGCAAUUGGACGCAGUCGGUGCUCCGGUCAGUGAGGACGAUUUGGUCAUCACGCUUCUGGCCAGCCUUAGCGAGUCGUACCAGUUCCUGAUAACAGCAUUGGAGUCGAGAGCCGACUCGCUGUCGUGGGAGCUAGUGACGUCUCGGCUAUUGCAUGAAGACAUGAAGCGCAAGGAGCAAGGUGGCGGAAUCGAAGGAGCCGCGCACGAUCAAGCUCAAGCAUUCAUGUCAAGAGACAACAAGUGCAAGGCUCGACCGGCUAAGAAGACCGGUGCGUGCCACAAUUGUGGAAAGCAAGGACAUUGGAUUGCGGAAUGCCCUUCGCGGAUCCAAGAAGACGCUGGUAGACAGAGGUUCCAGCGUGCGAAUAUCGCGCAAGAAGAAGAGCUUGGCGAUUACCUGUUCUCGGUUGGUAUUGGCAAGACCAAGUCGAGUUACAUGUGGCUGGUCGAUUCAGGGGCGACGCAGCACAUGACAAGUUCGAAAGAGUUCAUGAGGAACUACAAGGACUUUGGACCAGUAGAUGUGCAUCUUGUUGAUGAUGGAAUUGUACAAGCGAUUGGAAAGGGUGACAUUGUCAUGUCAAUGAUGACUCGUCAGGGCGUCAAGAAGGGUGUGCUCACAAAUGUGUGGCAUAUCCCAAAGUUAUCUCGAAACUUAUUUUCCGUUGGAAGAUUCAUCAAGGACGUGGGGCCUGUCACCUUUGAAGUCGAUGGUUGCUUCGCGGAAACGAAGGGUUUCAAGUGGAAACUAGGCGCUCUAGAAGGAAUGGGAUUGUUCAAGCUUUGUAUGACACCGGUGCUUCCUGCCGAGGUCACUGAGGCCUCGACAAAGAAGGAGGAUAAGGCUGGCCAGGCGAAAGACAAAGCUGGUGAGAUGAAGGACAUGGCUGCGGAGAAGGCGGGCCAAGCCAAGGACAUGGCACAAGACAAGGCUGGUCAGGCAAAAGACAAAGCUGGUGAGAUGAAGGACAUGGCCCAAGUAAAGACUGGUCAGGCAAAGGACAUCCUUGAGAAGUUUGGCAUGGAAAACAGCAAUCCUGUCAAGACUCCACAAGAACCUGGACUCAAGUUGACAAGGUCAAUGUGUGCAGAUGGGUGCAAGCAUGCGGAAACAAUGGCAAAUGUGCCAUACCGCAACGCCAUCGGCUGUUUGAUGUAUCUCAUGGUGGGGACCCGCCCGGAUAUCGCAGUUGCAGUGGGAGUUCUCAGUCAGUUCGCGGCAGAACCUUGUCCAACCCAUUGGCAAGCGCUAAAGCGGGUGUUCCGUUUUAUUCAAGGCACAAGGACGUAUGGAAUUGAAUUCCAAGCAACCAGUGAUGACAAGCUGCAAGGCUACUCGGACGCGGACUGGGCUGGAGAUGUCGAGGCUAGACGAAGCACAAGCGGGUACGCCUUUGUGAUGAACAACGGAUGCAUUAGCUGGAGAAGCAAGAAACAGAGCAUCGUGGCUCUAUCGUCUACAGAAGCCGAGUACAUGGCUUUGACUGAAGCUGUACAAGAAGCAAUUUGGCUUAAGGCAUUCUUACAUGAACUCGGCGAGAUGAAUAGCGACGAAGCAGUCAAGAUCUACGAAGACAAUCAAGGUUCCAUCGCUUUGGCCAAGAACCCCGAGUUUCACAAGCGGACCAAGCACAUCGACAUUCGUUAUCACUUUGUGCGUGAAAAGGUGGCAGAAGGAAAAGUGGUCCUAGAAUACUGCUCGACCAAGGACAUGAAGGCUGACCUAAUGACCAAGCCAAUUCCUGCAUCACAGUUCCAGUAUCUUCGAAGUAUGUUGGGAAUCAAGGCGCCACGGUCUGCCGAGGCGAGUGGGAGUGUUACAAAAGAAAUGCCUCGGCAGGCUGAUUUUGUAAGAUGCACGUAG